AUGGAUAGAUAUCUCAUUCAAAUGACCGCUCCCACUGGCAACACAGCCGAGCACAUAAUCACAACACCCUCUCAACCCACCCAAUUGGCAGGCACAAAGCGCAAAUCCACAGACGCCUCUGAUUUAGCAACCAUCAACCUCGAUGACUACGACAUACCCGAUGGCUCACCCAUGGACUCUUGCACCGUAGUCCGCGGCAAGAUAAAACGUUUCCUCGAAGCGGGAGAAAUGAGAGUGGGCCAAUUCUGCGACGCCAUCGGGGUCUCUGGAAAUGCAUACAGAAGAUUCAUGGCCCAGAAUGGCAAGUUUGCUGGCGAAGGCAGUGAGACUUAUCAGAAUGCUUGGCUGUUCUUCAAGAAGAGGGAGAUGGCUGGUCUAAAGAUUCCUACCAAGAAGCAAAAGACUGCUACUGGCGCUUCCUCCUCUUCUACUUCAUUCGCAGCAGAAAACAAGAAUGCCGUGACAGAUAUAAGUAACAUUCAUCUCGAUGAUGACGCCGUAGAAGUCUACGACAGCUGCGACGAAAUACGGAAGAAGAUCUCUGCACACCUGCGCAAACCCAACGUCACAGCAGCCCAAUUCUGCCGCGACCUACUCACCCAAUACCACUCCUCCAAGAAACCUCCCCAAAUUCAAUCCGGCCAAUUGACAAAGUUUCGCGGCUACAAAGGCGCAGACACCGGCAAUACUUCUUGUGUGUUUUAUGCUGCGUAUGUGUUUUUCGAGAAGGUGAGGUUGGCAGAGGGGAAACCGAAGAGUAAACAUAGAGUUGAGAUGGAGGAGAUUUGGGGUGGAAAUGGCGGGUUCAAUGUUACUAGGGGACAUCACAGAGGAUAUCUUGUCAUGGGCAAUGACAGACCUGUGCAAGACCAGUUCGGUCGAGUUACCAUUGUGCGAGGACAUUGA